AUGGCCUCAGGGAAUCUCACCAGGGUGACAGAGUUCAUUCUCCUGGGCGUCUCAGAUCGUCCAGACCUCCAGAUCCCACUCUUCUUUGUCUUCCUGGUCAUCUAUGGGCUGACGGUGACAGGAAACGUGGGCAUCAUCACCCUCACCAGUGUGGACUCUCAACUCCAGACCCCCAUGUACUUCUUCCUUCGCCAUUUGGCUAUCAUCAAUCUUGGCAACUCGACUGUCAUUGCUCCUAAAAUGUUGGUUAACUUCUUAGUCAUGAAGAAAACCAUCUCUUACUACGGAUGCGCAGCCCAACUGGGUGGCUUCUUAGUUUUCAUCGUGGCUGAGAUUUUCAUGUUGGCGGCCAUGGCCUAUGACCGCUACGUGGCCAUUUGCAACCCCCUGCUCUACACGGUGGUGGUGUCUCCACAGAUCUGCCUUCUGCUGGUGUCCCUCACCUACCUCUACAGUCUGACCACAGCGCUGACUGUGACUUCCUGUGUGUUCUCAGUGUCCUACUGCUCUUCCAACGUCAUCAACCAUUUCUAUUGUGACGAUGUCCCCUUGUUAGCUUUGUCCUGUUCGGACACCUACAUUCCAGAAACAGCAGUGUUCACCUUCUCGGGGACCAAUUUGUUUUUCUCCAUGAUCAUUGUUCUGAUAUCCUACUUUAAUAUUGUGCUCGCCAUUUUGAGGAUACGUUCCUCGGAGGGGCGACGCAAAGCUUUUUCUACCUGUGCGUCUCACAUGGUGGCGGUCACUGUGUUCUAUGGGACGCUUCUCUUCAUGUAUUUGCAACCACGGACCAAUCACUCCUUAGAUACUGAUAAAAUGUACUCGGUCUUCUACACCCUGGUUAUACCAAUGCUGAACCCCCUCAUUUACAGCCUCAGGAAUAAGGAUGUGAAGGAUGCUUUGAAAAGAUUCCUGAAGGGCCCGUGUCAAUCGUAA